AUGGCUCUUCUCACGCGGCUUCUUGUGCUCAUCCCGCUGGCCCUGUCCAUUGUGGGCAUGGUGCUAUCCGCCCUGUCCCUCUUUGCGGGCCACAAGCAGGGCUUCAUGGAAGACUACGCCAUCGCACGUCUCAAUGUGUCCAUGAUGGGACAGGAGCUCCUCCCCACCAGCAGCGAUGAAGUUGAAGAGGAGGAGGGCGACGGUGACGACGGUUUCCUCGACAGCGUGGGCGACAAGAUCUCCGACUUGAAGGACGACGUGAUCGACUACGGCAACGACCUGCUGGGCGACGGCGUGGACCGCGUGACGGAGGAGCUCGGCAUCGCGGAUUGGUACUCGAUCCACGUCAUGGACUCGUGCGAGGGCUACUACGAGCCCAACGUGACCGACGCCAACCCCUCGCUCAACUCGACCGGCUGCACCGACUCGGAGCCCGGCCAGCGCUUCAACCUGUCCAAGAUCCUCGACAAGCAAAUGUCCCUGGGCCCUAUCGAGGUCAGCAUCAACGACCUCGGCUGGACGCCCGAGGUGCAGGAAAAACUGGACAUUCUCAACGACGCGCUCCUCGGCCUCUUCAUCCUGUACGUCCUGGGCAUGGGUUUCAGCGGGCUCGCCAUCCUCGGCUGCAUCGCCGCCUUCUUCCUGCCCGAGAAGCGCGCCGUCCACCUGGCCAACUUUGUCGUCGCCACGCUCGGCGCGCUGUCCCUGCUCGUGGCCAGCAUCCUCGUCACCGUCGCCGUGACAAAGGGUGUCAACGAGAUCAACGACGUGGCCGAGGCGAUUAACAUUGAGGUCGACCGCGGCACCAAGUUUUUGAUCAUUAGCUGGGUCGCCGCCGGCGUGCUGCUGACGACUGUCAUCUUCUGGGCCGUCAAGCUCUGCGUCGCCUGGCGGGCCAACAAGCCCUUUCGCCGGUCCGAGAAGGGGAUGGGCGGUUACCACUCGUAA